CACUUUCAGCGCGCUCAAAGUUGGCGGCUUGUCGGCUGGGAGGACCGCGCUCGCGCUCAGAUUGUACCGUUAUUGCAGUUUGCACAGAAAAUCAGCCGCGUGGAGGAAACUGACGAGUGGGGAAACAAACCGCAACCGCGCGCGCGUGUGUGUGCGCGCACGGUGCCUCGUGCGUCAUUUCAGUGACUUUGGUGUAUAUCCAGUUAUUUAUUUAUUUUUUCCCUGUUGAUACCUUAUUUGUGUGUGUGUGUGUGUGUGUGUGUGUGUGUGUGUGUGUGUGUGUGUGUGUGUGUGUGUGUUUGCGCGCGCGCGCGCGCGUGCGUGUGUGUAAAAUGCCAAGUGCUGGCCCGUCACCGCGCGCGCGUGUCAAGCCGGGCCGCACGUUUGGAAGGACGCCCGACCGCAGCCUUUCUCAUCUGCAAGUUCACUCCGAUGAAUUGUGACAAAGGGCUGUCAGCGCCCGAAUAAGAAAUCGAUGCUCGAGGAAGCGACGCGCGGCUCUCCUGGAAUUUUAACGAUCUCCGUUGUUUUGUUUUUUCUUCCCUCUUCGUCUUUAUAACCAUGCGAAGUGGCUCUCCUGGACUCCUGCUUGCCGCUGCAACUCGAGGGGGCUGAUAGUGACAGAUUACCGCUGUUGAGUGUCCAUGCAAGACUCGGAGAGGGUGCGAGAGGAAAGGAAACAUGUCUGGCCACUUCUCUGAGAGGAUCCCUGCUAUCAGAGAUGGCAUUUUUGCCCGGCACGGCGCUGCUCGCUUCUAAAGUGCCUCGCAAAAUCCUGUUCAUGUUCACACUCUCGCUGUCCGUCACGUACCUGUUCUACAGUUUGAUGAGCUGCUACGACUCGCUGCGCUUCCCCGUGCUGGAGAACUACGCGUACCAGGCACCGGAGGUCACAACUUUGGCCACGCUGCGGGAGAAACUUUAUUCCACCCCUUCCCGCGCGCACCUCGAACACGAACUCGUGGCAACGACCGUCACGGCUAACCUGCUCACGGAGAAAUACGAGGUCGAGGAGAUCACGGCUGCGGGAUGGGAGCGAGCUCGGGUGGAGACGGCUGUUAGUAAGAGCGCCGCGCUGAACCUGGAGCAUCCGGAGACCAGCACCAUGGACGGAGGGUUGGGGAGAGCCGCGAACUGCACCUCGGAUUACGGGGAGAAGAAAUUACCCCAGGCUAUUAUAAUAGGGGUGAAGAAAGGGGGCACGAGAGCUCUGCUUGAGGCGCUCCGAGUUCACCCGGACGUGCGCGCGGUGGGAAACGAGCCGCACUUCUUCGACAGGAACUACGAAAAAGGACUGGACUGGUACAGGGACUUAAUGCCUUCGACGCUGGAGGGCCAGAUCACUAUGGAGAAAACGCCCAGCUAUUUUGUGACGAACAGUGCUCCUAAGCGCAUUCACACAAUGGCGAAGGACAUCAAACUGAUCAUAGUGGUGCGCAACCCAGUGACACGAGCCAUUUCAGACUACACACAGACGCUGUCCAAACGGCCCGAGAUCCCCACGUUCGAGGUCCUCGCUUUCAAGAACCGGACACUGGGAAUAAUUGACGCCUCAUGGAGUGCGCUGCGUAUUGGCAUCUAUGCGCUGCAUCUAGAAAACUGGCUCCAGUACUUUCCCCUGUCACAGAUGCACUUUGUGAGCGGUGAGCGGCUCAUCACGGAUCCGGCUGGCGAAAUGACUAAGGUGCAGGACUUCCUGGGUCUCAAGCGCAUCGUCACCGACAAGCACUUCUACUUCAACAAGACCAAAGGCUUCCCCUGCCUGAAGAAGCCUGAGGACAGCAGCACCCCACGGUGCCUUGGCAAGUCCAAGGGCAGGACACACCCCAAAAUAGAGCCGGAUGUCAUCCGCAGACUGCACAAGUUCUACAAGCCCUUUAAUAAUAUGUUCUACCAAAUGACAGGGCAGAAUUUCCAGUGGGAGAUGGAGGAUGGAGGGGACUCCCCCGGCCCACGGGACUGACAGACUGGCGCAUCGCCGCUCCACCAGCUUAAACCCCCACCCCCUUGAAAAAACACCAACAUUGCUUCAGCACAACCAAUCAGUAAUAGCUGUCUGUAUUUAGAGCAAAGAUUUUUACCAAUUUGCUCUUUAAUCCAUUCCCCAAAAAGCCAAUGGUCUUCAUGGUGGCAAUUUGUUGUGUGUGUGUGUGUGUAUGUAUAUAUAUAUAUAUAUAUAUAUAUAUAUAUAUAUAUAUAUAUAUACAUACAUAUUAUACAGUACAUAAAUAUAUUUAUAUUUGUGAAAAGAAGAUGCUUUUAUUCAUUUUGUUUUUGAAGACGACGUUGCUCUAAAAUCAUGUCUACUAUGAUGAUGCAUGCAAUGAGUUAAAGUGUCCUUACCCCCUCAGCCAUAUAGAUUUAUUGGUCUGUUUUUAUUUAUUUAUUUGUUUGUUUUGUUUUUUAGAUCACGUCACAUAUGUUAUAUAUACCUGCUGAAGGGUGUCUCUAGUAAAUCAUUUUGUCCAGUCUUGACAUAUAGUCUUACUUGUUCAGAAUCAAAGCAAAUUUAUUAACACCGGGUUUUUUACAUCUACUCUGAGUCUGUGACAGUAGGAUCAGAUUUAUUCCACAAAACUGCAGAAGCAUCUGUAUUUCUACACUGAAUAUUCAGCAUCAACAUUAAUUUCAACAAACAAUCAUCAUUUUUGUGUUUUCCUUAACUGGAUUUAGGAAUUUCCCCAACAUGUUCUCAUUCCCAACGCGCCAAAUAUCGAAACAUGGGCAGAAGCCUGUAGCGUCACUGCAGUGCACAAGCCGAAAGGCGCCUUUGGCUCGACUAAUUUGACGCACUCGAUAAUCCUAUUUAAAGCCCAUUUGCUUUAUCUCUCCAGCACAAAUGGCAUACGCAUGUACUGGCUUUGAGGAUGAACCUUGUGCUUCAAAGAUGAAUGAAUGCACAGUCCAUACUAAAGAAUAACACUUUUGAUUUUCUAUUCAUCUUGUUUUUUAGUGCUAGACCUAUCUGCACACUGUCAUAGUAUUUAACUGUAUAACAUUUACCACUAAACAGUUCAUUUCUUGUUUGUGGAAGUCUCUUCAUCAUUAACGAUAUAUUUUGCCACGCUGUAAUGUUGGCCAUUCAAAACACUCGACUGUCUAAAACCUAUAGCUCUCUCCUAUAGUUAAAUAACAAUGUAGGACCUUCCUACUGUGGGUCCAAAAGUCUGGGACCAUAUUGAAAUUCUGUUAUUGUUUUUUUGUUGUUGUUGUUUUUUCAUUUAUAACUGGAAAUAAAUCGAAGGUUUUAAAGAAAUAAUCAAAACAAAAAAAAGGAAAUGUUCAAAAUGUUAAGUAUUCAAUAUUCAAGACAGAGCACUAGGCCUAUUUGUUUUUAAAUUUAAGCACAUUUGUUAUAUGGCAUUUGUAAAUCCUUUCUACAAUAAGUCAGAUAUUCCGUGAGAUUUAUCCCUUCUACUGAAGAACGUGUUCAGACGACACUCCCAUGGAUUUGAUCGAACAUGAAUUUUGUUUUGCACAAACUUGCACAAUGUCUUUCAAGUAAAAAAGGGAGACAAACCAAAUAGUAAGACAUUUUCAAAUUCAUGUAAAUAUUCUAUAAAAUGUUACUUUUCACUCAGGUUAUUACUGAUAAUAUCAUUUGCAAUAAAUAAAAAAAAAUUACAUUUGUUAAGCUUGCAAAAUAGAACAAUUUUAUUUUGUGGUCUUACGUUGUUAACGUUCUUAUGUUAUCGACUUAUCGUACGAUAUAUAGACGUGACCUCGAUCAUUGUUGCUGACCUCUAUAUAGCUCAUUGUGCUUACAUGCAUGUUUGUUUACAUGAGAGUGAUUGACAGCAACAUUUUAACCAUUCGCGCUGCUUCUUUCCUCUCGUCUGCUCUAGUGCUGUCAAAUUACAAUUCGAACUUCAACUAUUUGUCGAGUUUAAGAUAUAAAUGCACAUUCAAAUACAAAAACAUGCACAUUCGGAUUUAAGAUGUGUAGCAAGCACUAGCACUGAUUUGAAAAAUAAAAAAGGACGCAAGAUAUUACCAAUGCACUAACAAAGUUUUUUGAAGAAGAAAAAUCUAGAAAGAAUAGUUCUAGUUUUUUAAAUAAUCCAGUCAUAGUCAAUAAUGUCAGGGUUUGAGCCGCUUAAGCUGCGUGAGCUGAAGCUGAACAGUGAAUGAACAGCGGUAAACUGAAGUGCUUUACUAGCGGGUUAAUUAACUCACCCAAAUGCAGCCUAUACACAUAUGAGUUUAAUCAGAUAUUUACACACAACAUAAACCAUAUAUUACAGCUCGCUUCUACACAAAAUGACACAAAUGCACAAGUGAACUUGAACUUAGGAAAGGCGCUAGCUAGAAUGGUAAGUCAUGUUGUGAAUACACUCUUUCCUUAACAACACACUUAAAACACAGACAACGAAAACUAAAGCAUAAAGAAUUCACAGUAUUGUACUAAAGUAGUGAACUCAUUGUAAUGUUAUUAUUACAGAAGAUCAGGUUUUCACAACAAGGGCAGUUUUUACAUGUUUUUGUUGAUACAUGUUUAAGUUAAUAUAUAAAAUGUGUGAUUGUGUGACUAAUAUUCAAUGCUAUUUUAGUCAGAGUAAAAUUGCUGAAAUAUUGACCAAAUGUAAAUGAUAUUUUCAUCAGAAGUCAUAAACUAUUUUUUGACCUUCAAAUUCCAGCAUCUGAAUAAUCAUAUGGAAUUAAAUGUUCAUUGCUCUUUGAAA